AUGUCGGAACUCGCAUUCACCAAACUCUUCGUCUCAGCGCUCGACUCCCGUCCCAUCAAGCUCCGCCCUGACUAUGUCCACGACCAAGGACAGACCCCUCGGGGCCCUUACACCCUUCCCCGCCUCCAACCCCCGCGCCCCUCCAUGCCAAAGAAGAGCUCCGCAUCGAAGAGCGCAAAUCCAGGCUCCUCAAAAUCCAUCACGGUCACGCUUAAAUCUGCGCGCAAUCCCGCGCUAGAAUUCUCACUCUCCAACACCCCACUCGCCACAACGACCGUCUCGGACUUGAAAGACGCCGUUCGCGAACGCAUCCUCGAGACCACCACCGAAGCCGACAACAAGGUGCCCCUGGAGAAGAUCAAGAUCCUGUACAAGAAAAAGCCUGUUACGGGGACUGGAAAGACGGUUGCGGAGAUUGUAGGCGAUGCUGGCGAUCAGGAGCUGCUGGCUGGUGGGAAGGACGUCGAGUUCGGUGUUAUGGUUAUGGGAGGCGCGAGAGUUGCUGAGGGUCAGAGUCAGGUACAGGGUGGUGAGGCUGAGAAGGUACCCGAGGAGACUACUGGGGUUGGAGAGACCACCGUGAAGGCUGCGGUUGGGCCGAGUGGUGAGGCUGUGUUGGAGAUGGAUGCGUUCUGGGAUGAUUUGCAGGGGUAUCUGGCGCAGAGGCUUAAGGAUGAGGAUGUUGCGAAGAAGAUGAGGGGUGUGUUUAAGGAGGCUUGGACUGCUAGUCGGUAA